AUGUCCAAGUGGCUCAACACGAUCCUCCUCGCCGUUUUCUGCGGCUCUCUCGUCCUCGCCGCACCCGUGAACGAGCGCUGUCCUCGACUCAGUCCGCUCCAGCUCCGCGUCCCCUCCCCGACGGUCCCAUACGCGAGCGACGACCCGAACCAUGUGCUCUGGAACGAGACCUCAGGAAGACCCCCAACCUCAGCGGGGCAAGCUGGGGGCGACCGUCCUGGCCCGCAGGACAAGGCUAUAGACCUCCAAAACCCGGACAUCCUCGCCCCACCGUCCACGGACUCGGGUACAGUCGGAAAUGCCAAAUGGCCGUUCAGCCUGAGCAAGAUGCAGCUCAACACCGGCGGAUGGGUACGGCAGCAGAAUGGUGGGCAUAUUCUUAGAGACGGUUUCUAUUGUGGUCUCGGGCUCACGGCGCUCAUUCCUGCAGUGCAGCAGAUGCCCCUCGCUACUGCUAUGGCCGGAGUGGACAUGCGCCUGGAAGCCGGCGCCAUCCGAGAAUUGCAUUGGCACCAGACCGCCGAGUGGGCAUAUGUUAUCAAGGGCUCGACUCAGAUCACCUCCAUCGACUCCCAAGGACGCAACUACGUCGCUACGGUAAACCCUGGUGACCUGUGGUAUUUCCCACCUGGAAUGCCCCACUCGCUCCAAGCCACCAAUGAUUCUCCUGAAGGAAGCGAAUUCCUUCUGAUCUUUCCCGACGGGAAUUUCAACGACGACGAUACGUUCUUGCUCACGGACUGGUUGGCCCACCUGCCCAAGGAAGUCAUCGCGAAGAACUUCCAAGACGACAUCUCCGACUGGGACGAGAUUCCGGGAGACCAGCUCUACAUCUUCCCCGGUGUGCCUCCCCCAGACGACCAGCAGCCACCAAGCAACCCGCAAGGCACGAUCCCGCAGCCAUUCUCCUUCGAGUUCUCCAAGCUCCAGCCAACACAGUACGCGGGCGGGACCGCCAAGAUCGCGGACUCGACUAUCUUCAACGUCUCGACGCAGAUCGCCGUCGCCGAGGUCACGGUCGAGCCGGGCGCGAUGCGCGAGCUGCACUGGCACCCGACGCAGAACGAGUGGGGCUUCUUCCUGGAGGGCCACGGGCGCGUGACGCUCUUCGCCGCGAACGGGAUCGCGCAGACGUUCGACUACCAGCCGGGCGACAUCAGCUACAUCCCGACCUCGUACGGGCACUACGUGGAGAACAUCGGGAACACGACGCUCCGCUUCCUCGAGAUAUUCAACACGGACGUGUUCGAGGACGUGUCGCUCGCGCAGUGGCUCGCGCUCACGCCGCCCGCGCUCGUGAAGCAGCACCUCAAGAUCUCCGACGCGACGAUCGCGCGGCUGAACAAGACGAAGGGCGUUGUUGUCGCGGGAAAGCCGCACUAUCCGGCUCUGUCCGACUAA